AUGUCGGCGGCCCAUGCUCUGCAGCGUGGAGAUGGGAACUUCACGAGCCCGCUCGGGUUCGGUAGGGCCAGAUCUUCCUCCGCCUGCCGUCCCUCCCUCCUCGUUCGCGCCGCCUUCGCCUGCCGCGCCUUCCGCCGCGCCGUCCGCUCCUCCCCCGCCUUCCGCCGCAGCUUCCGCGCGCUCCAUGCGCCGCCCCUCCUCGCCUUCUUCCUCGACUCCAGCUUUGAAGUGGUCCCGAUCUUCCCCUGCCCCUGGCGCCGCUGCGACCCGGACCUCGGCGCCGCUGAUUUCUUCGGCGUCCGCGUCUCACGCCAGGACGACGCCCGCGCCACCGGGUGGGAGAUCCUUCCCGGCUACGACGGCUACUUCCCCCUAAAAAAGGUGAGCCGGAGCACUAAUUGGGUAGUCUCCCACAGACCGCUAACGCAGGCUCUGGAUCUGUUCCUCUAUAAGCCGGGGAACAGCAUUGACCUUGAGUUCUACACUCUCUCCUCAGAAGAUGGCCAAGGCCCGUCCCGUGUGGUCUGUGUCCGUCACCACUUCAAUCGGAGGGCGCAGGUCGCCGUCUUCUCAUCGAACACCAUGGAGUGGCAAAUUUUCCCAAAGAACACAUUGGUGUUGCGUGAAGGGGCCAGUUCCGGCACGGUGAUGCGCGGGCUCAUCUGGUGGCCAAACUGGAUGCAUCAGAAAAUUGCGGUGCUCGACACCUCGACCUUUCAGUUCUCUCUAAUCGAUGUGCCCACGCCUUUGAUGACGCAGUCGGAUGAAUCGUCGUACAAGCUUGGCGAGACCAAGGAUGAGAAGCUCUGCUUCGUAGAUAUAAAGGAUGACACGCUCUAUUCUUAUUUCCGGACAGCCGGCGAUGGCGGUGUCGUCGAGAGGUGGAUCUUGUACAAGGAGUUCCCGUUGCACACGAUUGUUAAGAUUGCCAUUGGAGGCUCAAUGGAGCAAGAGGGGUGUCCUGUUGAUGUGGAGGUUGUGGCAGUCAUCGAUGGCUUUGUAUACUUGACUAUUUUCUACUGCAAGGACACACAACUUCGUGAUUUGUGCCUAUCCUUGUGUCUGGAAACAUCGGAGAUAAGCGAGCUCUUUAGUGAUGCACGGGAGUAUCAUGAGGAGGUUCAUCCCUAUGUCAUGGCAUGGCCUCCCUCUUUGUUACAAAGCAAGGAGGUUUCAGAAACUGAAUUCACUGGAGACAGUGCCACACACAAUGAUCCUAUGGGCACAGAAAAAGCUUCCUCUGUGCUUGUCGCCGCACUGCAGUCACUCAGCCAAGCUCUGGCAGGUGAUGGUGGCAGCAACAUAGAAAUAUUGACGGAGUUACAUUCCUUCUUGCUUGACAGUAACAAAGAAACAGUGGCAGAGUUAAAUGCCUUCUUGGGUCCUAACGGGGAUGGCGAGGGCUCUCUAAUGAGCACAAUUGCUAGUUUGGACGCAAAGUUGGUAACUGCAAGAGACCGUAUCUUGAGGAUAAGUGCAUGAUUCCAUUAUGGUGAUUUCUGUCCUUGCUGCAGACAAAGAUUCCAGGAAAGAAGUCGUCAUAAAAGUUCAAGGGAAUCAUAUCUGUGUUGAUGAGGUAUAUAUUCAGGCAAAGUCUGAGGUGCAGAGUCGAAAUACCAGUCGGAAAGAGAAAAGGAGAGAGCACUAGCGACACGACCAGGCCUAAAACUAAGCCCCCAGCAACAUUGGAACAGGCCGAGGCAGGAAUGAGUGUUGAAGGAGGAUCCUGUAGUAGAGGCUAUGCAGAGAAACGAAAUGCACUUGCUGAGUUAUCACUCUACACCUUGAAGAACUAGUACAUUGUAUCUAUCUGAAUUUUGAAAUUUCUAGUUCAAUGGCGAUCGAACUAGCAUACACCAACUUGAUUUGGGAAAAAGGCUUUGAUGUUGUUUGCUAGUUAAAUGGCAACUACACCGUGUUGAAAUGGCAUGCCCUGGUGAAAAUCUUAGAGGAGAAGGACCUCUAUGAUAGAAAGAGGACAGUGUUUGUUGGUUACCUUCCAUUUGAUGUGAAGGUGUGUAUAUGAUGUUGAUGUGCUUAAUCUUGUAGUCCUGCUGCUCUUUCAAUGAAAAUCAAAGUAUCAUAACGUCCA